AUGAUCCAAAAUGGAAGCACUGGGACGGGCUGGCCUUACACGUCCCGAACUGUGGGAAGGAGACGUAAUGUUAAAGGACGAAAGUCAGGGCAGUCGCACGAUUCCCCACUUAUUGAGGCGGUGCGCAGUCUUGGCGCAUUCCUGUUUGGGCUGUUUCUAGCCACCUUGUACGGAAUGACAGCUCUAUUCUUGCAGAACUAUGGGGUAUGGUACUGCCUGAUCACUACAGUUACCAUUGCCGGUUUCAUUGCAUUCGGCAUGGGCCUCUCCGUCCGCGUCCGUUCGAAUGUGAUGCUCAUGCUACCGAUGCUCUGCUCCAUGAAGGGACAAAAGGUCCUGUUAUUCCUGAUCUUUUCCCUGGUGGUCCAGGGGCCCAUAGCCAACAUGUUGGAGAACUUUGACCGUGCUGCAGGCAGCGUGGCUUGCGGGGCUGAACUGGCCAUGAAUCAGACCCGUCAGCUGAUGGAGCGAGCCCGAGCACCACUGCUUCCUGUGCUGAAUAAGAUAAAGCAGAUUAGCAGGAACACCUAUGCGGUUGCAGGGAGGGUGCAGAACCUCAUACAGGCUUUAACAGAGUCAGUGAGACACGUGGCUCGUACCCUGAGGAACGUCCUCCACUUCCUGGUCAACAUUGGAGAGGUGUGCAAUGACAAGUUGGGUACCCCCUACAGGAAGUGCAACAUGUUAUUUGAUGAGGCCCGUGACAACUGCAUGGAACUCCUGUCUGUGUUCUCCUUCCUCUGCCAUGUGGUGGAUGGCUUUCGCCCACUUUGUGGUCUUGCUCGGGUGCUCCAGUUGUUCUGUGUAAUACCUAAAUAUAUAGCAAGCCAUAUGAAGACCAGACUGGCUGCCUCAACUAUUGCUGCAUUUGAGCAGAUGAAGCGGGAGUUUGAGUUCAACAUCUCAGCCUCCAUACACUUUGACACGCAACUCAACAGCAGCCAGUCUCUACAACAGGUGGCCCAGGGAAUCAUGAAGGAGGUCUCUGCGGACCUUAAUCGCAUCCAGGAGUUCAUGGGGCUGCUGGGAUAUGUAGGCUUGUUCCUCUUGCUGCUCAUGUACCUGCAGGCUGUCCUGUACAAAAGCAGGUUCCUCCGUCAGGAUGACUUUGACAACAUCUACAUCACUGAACAGUUUGUGCAGAUAGACCUUAUGAGAUCCAGGCAAGGGAAACCAACUGUGCUGCCACUCACAGACAAAGAGGACCUCAUCUACAUCAGACCGUGUUCUCUGACCCUGACGCCCAGAGAGAGUCAGCGAGCGGCUGUCAGUUCAGUAUCUAUCCUCAGGCAUGUUGCCAUGGGCUGCCUGGUGGUUCUGCUGGACCUCGUUGUCUUCUGGGUGUUUGAUGUAGUGCAGCACCUGGCCCAGGGGGAGAUUGUAGCCAGAGCCCCUAUUGUGGUUGCAGUGCAAGUGAAUGGUUCAGGCUAUGCCUCAGACAUCUUCAAGGAUCUUGUGGCGUCUUUUGAAAUCCUGCAGAAAAGCAAUAUUACUGUUCUUAGUAAAAAGUGCAUGAUGUUGCCCUCUGAACCGGAUUACUAUGGCUACCUCAUUAUAGGAUUCCUUUAUGGUCUCUCCUUCUUUGUUGCAAUGGCUGGUAGCUACAGCAGCCGUUUACAGAGGUUUAUCUGUGCCAGUUACUACCCCAAACGUGAACGAGAGAGGAUCUUCUUCCUGUACAACCGCAUUCUCACCCAGCGUACGUCCCUAAGGAAGGCAUUGCUACGGUCUGUGGCCCAGAGCAGGGCUGACGAGGUGCACGGCAACCUACUGCAAAUGCUAGCAGCCUGCCUUCCUGCUGGGUCCUGCAUCUCAAAACUCUUUAAGGCCCCUGAGGUUCACUGCAUGGCCUGUGGAAAGCUGGCGAAAGGGAGGGAGGACCCCAAUAUGUUCGCCUGCAUCACACCGCAAUGCAAAGGCCUGUUCUGCCACCCCUGUCUCCACAGCAUGGACGAUGUGUGUGCCGUCUGCAUGGGCCCCAUGAUGUACCGGGAGGACUGCGAGGAGGAGCUAGACUCCAGCGAUGAUGAGCAGCUGGGCUUGUGGACAGCAGCCCUGAGGAACAUGGGCCCCAGCAGUCAGAGCAGCGGGGCCAGGACAGUGCUGAAGGGCCGGAUCCGAGAGGCUCUCAGGAGGAGGCCCCGGACCAACGGUGGGAGGAGCCAGGCAGCAGCCAAUGAGAGAGCGAGGCUGGUGGACACAGAUGGAGGCAAUGACACAAGCAGUGACAUCAGUACACAGAGCGACACUGACCACAGCGAGCCAGACAUGGCAUACCAGGACAAGCCUGCUAUGGACAACUCUAGCUCCAGCGACCACGACCCCCAGCUGUUUCUGGAUGUGUGCGCCAGGAAAGCCCAGGAGAUCCAGGCAGAGGCCAGGAGCUUUUCCUCCUCCCCAGGAAGCAGUCUGUCCCAGGAAGAGGAGCUGCACUCCAUCACCAUAGACCCCCUAGUACAGCGGCCCCCUGCUGAGAAGAUCACACCACAGGAGCUUUGA